AAUUAACAAUAACAAUUUAAAUUUUGUAAUUUACAAUAGUUCUAAACGAAACUGAUCAGGAUGUGCGAGUUGGUGCUCCCGUGCGAGUACAAUCCGAAGGCAUGCCCUCGUCCUUUGCCUGAGAAAAGCCGUCUGUUCACGAUCCUGCUCCUUUAUUGUUGGCAGCGGGAGUACGACGAGCGACCCUACCGGCAGUUCCAGUUUAAGAGACUGCUGUUCGAAGAGCGGAUCGGUCGGAAGUAUCACUGCAUACGCGACUUCCGGAUCAUCGUUAACUAUCUGCUGCGGCGCCACCAGUUGUCGGUGAAAAUUUCGAGCCUGGUCGUUAGCAACUGGGAUGCUGGUCUGCUAAAGGACUUUGCCCGCUCCCUAAUCCCGGUUUGGUACAUAGAUCUGAAUCUGAUGCGGUUCCCCCACGAAUUCUUUGUGAUGUUACGUCUCAAUGCGAAAAAGAUGAAUGUCAGCCAACUGAGUUUGGAAGGUACGCCCCUCACCGACGACGAUGUUCGAAUCCUGCGAGAGUUCCUGCUGGUGAGCAGGACACUGCGCAGGCUCAACGUGUCCCACUGCAGCCUGACUCAGUACAACUUCGCACUGAUCGCGGACGGAGUGCACAAGUCGCCGGGAGUGCGACGCCUGAAUGCCGGAAGGCUUCUCGGACUGAGUCUCAGCCUCGACACGGAGAAGAUUGCCUCCGUGCUGGGUUCGCUGCUGAUGCAGAACACACUAUGGAGUCUGUCGUUGGAACACUGCGAGCUGACCGCCCAGGAUAUGAUUCCAAUUGCCGAACACCUCGCCCUGACUACAUCGAGAUUCCGCCGCCUGCGCAUCGCCUGCAAUAAAAUCGGCCCGGAUGGAGCCUUUUUCCUGCUGCGCGGAAUGUCCAUCGGCGGGAUGCUGGAACUGCUGGACAUUAGCCAUUGCUCGAUUGGCACCCACGGUGGCGAGUGGGUGGCCAAGUACCUCACCUCGUGCCGCCAACUGCGAACCCUGCUCUUGAACAACAACGACAUGAAACCGGAGGCAGUCAACCUCAUCCUUCUGGCCAUGAAGAAGCGCUGCAAGCUGGAUCGCCUGACUUUGUAUGGCAAUCACUUUGACUCGCGUUCCGCGAUGAUAGUUCGACGUCUGCUGGACGCCGAGGUGGUGCUGCAUUCCGAGCUGGACAUCAGUUACACCUACGACGAGGCUCUCCACGACUACAGGGUGGUGCCGUGGCGAUAGGGAGUGGAUAGUAAUUUUCUUGCUCUGUUUGCAAAAUAAAUUUAAAUCUCAACUUUUCGGUUAUAAUAAAUGUUUGUCGUUUA